UUAGAUUGUGUUAAAGGCUCUCCAAGGGCGGCGCAGUGGCAGUGGGAGAACGCCACCGCCGGCGCCGUCGCGGGAUUCGCCACCGUCGCCGCCAUGCACCCUCUCGAUGUGGUCCGAACGAGAUUCCAAGUGAACGACGGUAGAGCUCCCAAUCUUCCGACGUACAAAAACACCGCUCACGCUCUCUUCACCAUUGCCCGUCUCGAGGGCUUGAGAGGAUUAUAUGCAGGUUUCUCUCCCGCGGUUAUAGGUUCCACUGUUUCUUGGGGUUUAUACUUCUUCUUUUAUGGAAGGGCUAAGCAGAGAUACUCUAGAGGCAGGGAUGAGAAGCUCAGUCCUAGUCUUCACCUUGCUUCUGCUGCUGAAGCAGGGGGCUUGGUCUGUUUAUGCACAAACCCGAUUUGGCUUGUGAAAACAAGAUUACAGCUUCAGACUCCUCUUCAUCAAACCCGACCAUACUCUGGGCUAUAUGAUGCCUUUAGAACCAUACUGAAAGAGGAAGGGCCAAGGGCACUCUACAAAGGGUUUGUCCCUAGUCUGGUACUGGUUUCUCAUGGUGCUAUUCAAUUCACAGCAUAUGAGGAGCUUCGCAAAGUCUUUGUGGAUUUUAAAGAAAGGAGAAGAACGUGUGGAACUGCCAAUGAUCUAUUGAACUCGGCCGACUAUGCUGUUCUUGGUGGGUCCUCCAAAAUUGCCGCCAUGCUUCUUACGUAUCCGGUUCAAGUCAUCAGAGCUCGGUUACAGCAACGACCGAGUACUAAUGGAAUUCCGAGAUACGUGGACAGUUGGCAUGUCAUCAGAGAAACCGCGAGGUUUGAGGGCGUUGGAGGUUUCUACAGGGGACUCACGGCAAACCUUUUAAAAAACGUUCCUGCUUCUUCCAUCACCUUCGUCGUCUACGAAAAUGUUUUGAAACUGCUAAAACAUGCCCGAAGGAAACAAGACUAGAUCUUUCUUUGUCUCCUUUUCUCCAUUUAUUGUUGUUUUUCUUCUUUUUUCUGGGCACCCGCCCUAUAGAUUCAUUCGUAUACUACAUAGUAUAAGAGGAGUUUGGACCACCACUUUCAUUACUUUUAGAUACACAUUCUUGCAUUACAUAGCACAGACAUCUUGAAUUGUUUUGUACAAACGCGAGCAAAUCUCUUUUCCUGAUCUUGAAACGUUUCAAGAAGCCAUUGAUUUCUUCUUCA